GAUCUCUGUUGGAAGGACUUUGAGUGAAUUUGAAUCUUCAGACUUUGCAGACAUGGUGAGUCUUAACCUACUGUCUCUUUUAGUUUAUAAAAUGGAUAUCAAUGGGAAAUUUGUUUUACAGAUGCUGAAAAAAUGUCCAAACUGGUCAGUUUGACACAUGGAAAAUGAGAGGGCCUACAAAAUGUUAUACUGAAUCAAAUAAAAAUUGUUGAACCCCUUGUCUGUUUUAUUUCCCAUGCCAAGUCGGCUCAUGUGAUCUGACUUUGGGUGUUGCUCAUUCUUACCUAAUAAAAAGCUGCCUUAAGUGGGCUGACAGGUCUAUUCAACUCUGCUAAUUACCAUAAGCAUGGGACCAACUGACUUAUGAGGCAUGGUGCCACCAACUGUUUUAUGAGGCAUGCUGCCACCAACUGGCUUAUGAGGCAUGCUGCCACCAACUGGCGUAUGAGGCAUGCUGCCACCAACUGGCUUAUGAGGCAUACAUGCUGCCACCAACUGGCUAAAGAGGCAUGCUGCCACCAACUGGCUUAUGAGGCAUGCUGCCACCAACUGGUUAAUGAGGCAUGCUGCCACCAACUGGCACCAACUGGCGUAUGAGGCAUGCUGCCACCAACUGGCUUAUGAGGCAUACAUGAUGCCACCAACUGGCUAAAGAGGCAUGCUGCCACCAACUGGCUUAUGAGGCAUGCUGCCACCAACUGGUUAAUGAGGCAUGCUGCCACCAACUGGCUUAUGAGGCAUGCUGCCACCAACUGGUUAAUGAGGCAUGCUGCCACCAACUGGCUUAUGAGGCAUGCUGCCACCAACUGGCUAAUGAGGCAUACAUGCUGCCACAAACUGACUUAUGAGGCAUACAUGCUGCCACAAACUGGCUAAUGAGGCAUGCUGCCACCAACUGACUUAUGAGGCAUACAUGCUGCCACCAACUAGCUUAUGAGGCAUACAUGCUGCCACCAACUGGCUAAUGAGGCACACAUGCUGCCACCAACUGGCUUAUGAGGCAUGCUGCCACCAACUGACUUAUGAGGCAUACAUGCUGCCACCAACUGACUUAUAAGGCAUGCAUGCUGCCACCAACUGACUUAUGAGGCAUACAUGCUGCCACAAACUGACUUAUGAGGCAUACAUGCUGCCACCAACUGACUCAUGAAGCAUACAUGCUGCCACCAACUGACUUAUGAGGCAUACAUGCUGCCACCAAACAGACAUGCUGCCACCCACUAUCUUAUUAGGCAUACAUGCUGCCACCAACUGUCUAAUGAGGCACACAUGCUGCCACCAACUGGCUUAUGAGGCAUGCUGCCACCAACUGACUUAUGAGGCAUACAUGCUGCCACCAACUGACUUGUAAGGCAUGCAUGCUGCCACCAACUGACUUAUGAGGCAUACAUGCUGCCACCAACUGACUUAUGAGGCAUACAUGCUGCCACCAACUGACUUAUGAGGCAUACAUGCUGCCACCAACUGACUUAUAAAGCAUACAUGCUGCCACCAACUGACUUAUGAGGCAUACAUGCUGCCACCAACUGACUUGUAAGGCAUGCAUGCUGCCACCAACUGACUUAUGAGGCAUACAUGCUGCCACAAACUGACUUAUGAGGCAUACAUGCUGCCACCAACUGACUUAUGAGGCAUACAUGCUGCCACCAACUGACUUAUGAGGCAUACAUGCUGCCACCAACUGACUUAUGAGGCAUACAUGAUGCCACCAACUGACUUAUGAGGCAUACAUGCUGCCACCAACUGACUUAUGAGGCAUACAUGCUGCCAUCAACUGACUUAUGAGGCAUACAUGCUGCCACCUAAUGAGGCAUACAUGGGGCCACCAUAUGGCUUAUGAGGCAUACAUGCCAAUAUAAAGGCACUUUAAUAAAAAUCACUAAAGGAUUCAUAAUUAUACCACAAAAAAUCUUUCAACAAAUUUUAACAAAAAUUAAUUUCAAUUACAAAAUUUGAUGAUUUGAUUGCCAUUACUUAACAACUUCAUCCAAUUUUCCCUUCAUACACCAGUCCGAGAGCUUCUAUGGAUGUCGGAGGCAGUACAACAUUCUGGGCAGUGCCUUCUUCUACUGCGGCCAGCUUGUGGGUAGUCAUAUGUCACGCGAAGACCUGCAGGACAUUCAUGUGUACUUGCAGCACCUGGGAGUUCUUGACCUCACAGCUCGGUGCAGGGUGGCUCAGUUUGUGGCCUGGCGAGAGGUGUAUCCAACAAGGUUCUGCUUCGACAUAGCAGAGAUUAAUAAUAACUUUGGUUACUCAGAACCUAAUGCCCGCUGGUGUGUUCUAAUAGUUGGCUUGGUAAGUGCAAAGAUACUCUAAAUAAAACCUUUGAAAGAAUCUCAUUGUUAGAAACAUUCAAAGUCAGUUGCAUACAAAUUAAAUAAUAUAAAAAAAAACAUUGAUCAAGUCACCAUGCAAAGGAAAACAAGUUUAAAAAAUGCCAGAUUCCCCCCUCCCCCUUGCCUUUUCAGACUUUGUGGCCUUAAGUUUAAAAACCUCCAUAUAAGUGUGAAAUGUUUGCUGAUCAACUGCCAUAUUCAAUGUCAAUUCUGUUUAUGAAGGGGCUUCCUUUUAUUCCGCACAUUAUUAAGUUGUACAUUGAUCAUUGCUGAUGACCUAUUUUACUGACCAUUAUUCUGCUGCUUCUAAUUAUUUUGUUCUUGCUCCUCAGAAACAUGGUGUGUUCUGUUGUCUGUUGGAAACAGUUAGUCUCCCAUCUUUGUAAGUGUUGACAUUUCUUACUAGAUUUGAUUUCACCAACCAUUUUGACAGGAUUUCCUUUCAAUUUAAAAUUCAGACACACACAUCUAAGUGGUCAUUCAAAUGACAUACUCUCGGCCCUCCCCUUUCUAAUACAUUUUUUUUAAAAAUUGUAAUUUCUCAUAUUUAAUUUAAACCAUACUUUCAUUUCAUGAAACAUUUAUCAAGUUUGACAAAUAAUUUUUCUAACUGGUUAAAGAAAAUUUAAGUAUAUCUUAUUUCCAUUAUGUCAACAAUUUCAGACUGAUUGACAUAUAUUUGCAUUGCCAACCAUCUGUUGAGACCACACCUCCUUGUAUAUCCAUAAAUAAAAUCUCCCAAUGCAACCAUCCACCUUCCCAGUCUCACCAAGUUACCACACAGUCAAUCAAUAACAUGACCCUAACUCCUUAUUUAUAUUUAGUGAACUAUUUGCUUUAUUUUGCUAUGUUUCUGUGCAGAGACUCAGCCCCUCUGUCCCCUGAUGUAUUUUAUGUAGACCAAGCCAAGGCCUGCUUGCUACAGUUACAAACACCCCAGUUAUUGGCAGCAAUGAAUAUAAGGUGAGACAGACAUAAGACUAUGGAUUUUAUACAUAUUUUUGGGGGAAUUUAAUCAAUAAUUUAUUAUUUUUUUCAUUUUAAUAUAUACCUCAAAAAUAUAAUAAUUUAAACUUUAAAUGUGCAUUUAAAAAUACAUUUUAAUUCUUUUAUUUCAAUCACUUUAGGUUAUUUGGGUUUUGUCCUUUCUCUUUAUAUGCAACAAUAUUAGUUUUAUCGAUACCUUUCAAGCCCUAACUUCUCAUUUUAAAAUACAAAUAACUAUCCCAUUCUCACCUAUCCCUUUCACACCUAUUCAUACAUAUCACUUUCACACCUGUCCCAUUCACACCUACACCAUUCAAACCUACCACAUUCACACAUAUCCCAGUAACUGCUAGCCCUUUGGCCCCUAACCGUUCACCAUCUUUAAGCAAAAAACAAUUUCUGAACAACCAUGGUCAAAAUAUCUUGGUCAACUCACUUCUCCUAUCCCCAUAGAGAGCCCUAACUUUGUACUUUAAGUUACCAUGUCUCUUUAACUUUCCCCCAUCUAUGUAGGUUACCAGAUGAUGUCUCUUAAACUGUCCCAUCUAUGUAGGUUACCAAGUGAUGUCUCUUAAACUGUCCCAUGUAUGUAGGUUACCAGAUGAUGUCUCUUAAACUGUGCCAUGUAUGUAGCGUACCAACUGAUGUCUCUUAACUUGCCCCAUUCAGCGUAGCUGAGGUUCGUGACCACUCACACUGUCCUCACCUCUUACGCCACUGCAUGCAUGUAAUGACUCUUAACCUGUGCCAUGUAUGUAGGGUAAGCAAAGAAUGUCAGUCUGCUCUCACCAAGUCUGAUUACUGUGCCACAUAUGUCAACACCAAUGGUGAGAAGGCAGCCAGGCUCUUCUGUGACAGUCAGAAGGUCAAGGUCAGUAGUGGGGGCCAUUUCAUGUCAGUGCUGCAGUCUGACUGGAGGAAGACUUCAUUGAGGUCUGAGAUGUCAUCCAACAGUGUCCCAGUAGACAGUUUGUACAAGGUAAACGAUCGGGCUUUUUCUCUUACAUCCAGGUUAAAAAUAGAAUUGAUGUUAUUUUUAACAGCUUUUUACGAAUUAUGUAGCUUAGCAGCUGGUUCAAAUGAUGUUAUUUUACUGCAUGUACGAUUGAUGUCAUUUAAUAAUUUGUACAGUUUAACAGUAAAUCCACACAUAUAUUAUAAUCCAUCACUGUUGCCAGAUUUGGCAGUUCUGAUCAUAUUGAAUUCUGCAUUGAAAUCAGUGAUGUCUGAAUCUGAUUUAUUCACCCAUUAUUUAUUUUUCAUUUAGUGACUAUUCAGAUUUCACCCCUCUUUUCAAAUUGACCGUUAGCAUACAUAAUGAUAAAAAUACCAAUACUAGUCUAAUAGUACUAAUAAUUAAACAAAAUUUCUUGCAUCAAGCUGGCUAAACUUGCUAUAAAGACACAAUGCCUGACACAGUUUGACAUUUGGUUUAUAUCUACCUGUAUUUACAGAGCCCACGUAGCGGAAAAUUGUAUCCAGUCUGUGACCAUGGCGACACCGGGACAUCACUUGACAUCGCAAUUCCAAGUUCUUUGUCAAACAUGUACAGGUGAGUUAGCCCGCAUUACAGGUGAGCUGCCCUGUGACUGUGUAUUUGGGGCACAGGAAUGGAGGUCUAAGUUUUUAAUGAACUGCAGACACUAUUUAAUCAGCAAAUCUACAGUGCUAGGGUGCAGUAAAGCUGCUGUGCUAGGGUGCAGUAAAGCUGCUGUGCUAGGGUGCAGUAAAGCUGCUGUGCUAGGGUGCAGUAAAGCUACAGUGCUAGGGUGCAGUAAAGCUGCAGUGCUAGGGUGCAGUAAAGCUGCUGUGCUAGGGUGCAGUAAAGCUGCAGUGCUAGGGUGCAGUAAAGCUGCUGUGCUAGGGUGCAGUAAAGCUGCUGUGCUAGGGUGCAGUAAAGCUGCUGUGCUAGGGUGCAGUAAAGCUGCAGUGCUAGGGUGCAGUAAAGCUGCAGUGCUAGGGUGCAGUAAAGCUGCAGUGCUAGGGUGCAGUAAAGCUGCUGUGCUAGGGUGCAGUAAAGCUGCUGUGCUAGGGUGCAGUAAAGCUGCUGUGCUAGGGUGCAGUAAAGCUGCUGUGCUAGGGUGCAGUAAAGCUGCUGUGCUAGGGUGCAGUAAAGCUGCUGUGCUAGGGUGCAGUAAAGCUGCUGUGCUAGGGUGCAGUAAAGCUGCUGUGCUAGGGUGCAGUAAAGCUGCUGUGCUAGGGUGCAGUAAAGCUGCUGUGCUAGGGUGCAGUAAAGCUGCUGUGCUAGGGUGCAGUAAAGCUGCUGUGCUAGGGUGCAGUAAAGCUGCUGUGCUAGGGUGCAGUAAAGCUGCUGUGCUAGGGUGCAGUAAAGCUGCUGUGCUAGGGUGCAGUAAAGCUGCUGUGCUAGGGUGCAGUAAAGCUGCUGUGCUAGGGUGCAGUAAAGCUGCUGUGCUAGGGUGCAGUAAAGCUGCUGUGCUAGGGUGCAGUAAAGCUGCUGUGCUAGGGUGCAGUAAAGCUGCUGUGCUAGGGUGCAGUAAAGCUGCUGUGCUAGGGUGCAGUAAAGCUGCUGUGCUAGGGUGCAGUAAAGCUGCUGUGCUAGGGUGCAGUAAAGCUGCUGUGCUAGGGUGCAGUAAAGCUGCUGUGCUAGGGUGCAGUAAAGCUGCUGUGCUAGGGUGCAGUAAAGCUGCUGUGCUAGGGUGCAGUAAAGCUGCUGUGCUAGGGUGCAGUAAAGCUGCAGUGCUAGGGUGCAGUAAAGCUGCUGUGCUAGGGUGCAGUAAAUAUACAUAACUGGAAUACAUUACAUCUGCAGUGCUAGGGUGCAGUAAAUCUGCAGCAGACCUGUUUAUUCUUACGAUUUUGGCGUACAAUGUACGAUUUUGAGGUGUAUACGUUAUAUAUACUGUAUGUUUAUUUUUACUACUAUGAUAAUGUAUUGAACAAUUUUGUGAUGAUAUUGUACGAUUUUAAGAGUUUGAAUGUAAACAUGUCUGCUGCAGUGCUAGGGUGCAGUAAAUCAGCAAUACAAGGUUGCAGUGAAUGCUUGCUUGGUGUGGUAGAGCCAAUUCCUACCAAUGAUAUUUAAUAAAGAAGGGAAAUUACCCUCUCAAAGCCAAGUACAGCAGUGUUAUCCCCCCUUACUUUUUAGAAGAUUGGGUGAUCUUAGUGACUACAAAAAAAAAGAUUCAUAAGAUCUAUUUUGUUGGUUCAAUCUUGCAAAAGAAAAAAUGAUCUUUAGCUAAAAAUCAAUUAAUAAUGUUUAAAGGGCACGAUAUUCGCCUCUUUACUUAUGGGGGAAUUUUUAUGUUCUUUCCUUAAGUUAAAUUUGCAGACUAUUGGCCAGCUAAAUUACUCGUUACAUUUGCCAUACCUGGAUUCACUUUAAAAACAUUAUUACCCCCGAUCAGGCUAUCCACAACCCGCAACCCUUCAAUUUACCAGUACUGUUACCUGGAUGGACUGGAAGGGACAUUGGUCAUCGGGUCUGACAUGGACACCACGGGCAUAUUUCACUCCCAGAUUGUUCAUAAUUUCUACAUUUGCUGCCGGUCCAUUCAUGACUUCUUUGUGAGCUUUGGAGAGAAGCAGGUAUGAGUACUCUACAGCUCAUAUGCUUUAUGUAAAGCAGCAGUUUGAAACAAUUAUUAACUUACUACACACUCAAAUUAACUACCAAAAUUGUGUCAUUCUCACCAUUCAAAUAUUUAUAAAAACAGCAACAAAUUAUUAUAUUAAAUUUAAUUGAAAUGGACUCUAUUAUUAGUCUGAUCUUUCAUCUUAUUUAAAAUGUAAGAGAUUUUGUAAUAUUUUUUUUUACAUUGAUUUUUAUUCCUUUACAUCAAACAUUUACAUUCACAUAAAAUAUUAUAAUUCUUGUAACUCAAAACACAAGAAUCUUUCAUAUAUUUAGAAGCUGACAUGACAAUAGUUUAAAUAUCUCAUAGAAAUGUAAAAGCCACAAAAAUACCCCGUUUUCACUUCACAGCAACUAUCCGAUGGUGAUGAUGAUGAUGAUAAUGACAGUAAGGACUAUAAAAAUGUUGAAUCAGAUGUCAGUCUCAGAGAGGUCAGAGAGCAUGGCAUACUCAUGACCUUUAACCCCCACAACAAAGAAGAU